CGCUGGGCAACGCGGGCAACCCGGCGGGCGGCGGGCUCGCGCGGCGGGAGCGGCGGCGGCGGCGCGCCCGGGCUCUGCCUCCCGGGCUCUGCCUCCCGGGCACUUGCCUGGUUCCUGUGCGUUCCUGGACAUCGGCUCUGCAGCUGACACACAGUAGUGGGGACAUCCGACGUCGCCAGCGACAGGCGCGCGAUCGGCGGGUCCCAGAGGGACGCUGCGCUUGGGGGCGCCGGCGAGACUCGCCAGAAGCGAAGAGGAAACAGGAAUCAUUCAAACUGGAUUUUUAAAUCAUUACAAGUCAAUGAUGUAUCAGAAGUUGCAGAGUGCAAGCCCGAGUAACAGUCUUCAAAAAAUUUUGCUUCACAUAACAGAGAAAGGAAAAUUGAUCUACCAUCUUAAAACCCUGAUCUAGAAAAAAUAUAUAUUCAUCAUAAGAAAUUAUAACUGAGAAAAAUUAUUUUCCUCUUAAUGCACCUGAAUGAAAGGAAGUAUCCCUUUGUUUCUUGGGAGGAGUUGUAUGUCUGAGAUUGUCAUAAUAAUGAGUCAUUUUAUUAAAACCUUGACAUGAUCACCAGGGAAGAGAAAUAGAGCAAUAGCUGGAACCUGUGUGUUAGUCCAAGAUGACUUCUGAAGAAAUGACAGCUUCUGUUCUCAUACCUGUGACUCAGAGAAAAGUGGUUUCUGCCCAAUCAGCUUCAGAUGAAAGUAGUGAAAAGGUCUCAGACAUCAAUAUUUCAAAAGCACAUACUGUCAGACAGAGUGGGCAGACUUCUCAUACCAUCUCACGACUGAACAAACUUAAAGAAGAAUCUUCUGGAAGCAACUUGCCAGAGAUUCUCUCAAUAGCAAGGGAGAAAGUAGUGAGUGAUGAGAACAGUAAUGAAAAAUCCUGGGAGAAAAGCAUACCAGAUUCUGUGAAAAACCUUAACAUUAACUGCAACAACAUGUUGAGAAACCAUCAGCAUGGCCUUCCUCAGAGACAGUUUUAUGAAAUGUGCAACUCUGUCGCUGAGGAAGACCUGUGUUUAGAAACUGGAAUUCCUUCUCCACUGGAAAGAAGGGUGUUCCCUGAAAUUCAACUGGAACUAGACAGACCUCCCAUGGACAUUAGUCCUUUGGGAAAUCAGUCGGCUAUCCUAGAGACAGACAGAGCACACCCUGACAGCAGCACGACAGUGUUUCAUUUUCAUUAUGAAGUUGAAAGAAGAAUGUCAGACACUUUCUGUACCCUAUCAAAAAACUUAAUUUUAGAUGACUGUGGAAAUUGUGUACCACUACCCAGGGGUGAGGAGAAGCAAAAGAAAAACUACGUGGCAUAUACCUGUAAACUAAUGGAAUUGGCAAAAAAUUGUGAUAAUAAGAAUGAGCAGCUGCAGUGUGAUAAUUGUGACACCUUGAAUGAAAAAUACUUUUGCUUUGAAGGCUCUUGCCAGAAAGUUGACAUGGUAUAUUCAAGUGAUAGUUUUUGCAGGGAAGAUUUUAGUGACAGUCAAGCUGCCAAGACCUUUUUGAGCCAUUUUGAGGACGUCCCUGAUAAAUGUGAAGAUGUAGAAGAAGACUUUUUUAAAAGCAAAAAGGAGCGGUCCACUUUGUUAGUCAGAAGAUUCUGCAAAAAUGACAGAGAAGUUAAGAAAUCUGUGUAUACUGGAACAAGAGCAAUUGUGAGAACUCUGCCUUCUGGCCACAUUGGGCUGAUUGCAUGGAGUUACAUUGAUCAGAAGAGAAAUAAUCCCUUACUGUCUUGUGGGAGAGUAAUGGAACCCCUGACAACGGUGAAGAUAAGGCAAGGUGGGAGCCGACAUCUAUCAGAAGCCCAGUGGUAUCCUAUCUACAAUGCAGUGAGAAGAGGAGAAGAAACAGAAAAUACAGUUGGAGCUCUACUCCAUUUCUUCACAAAGCUCCCAGCCUCUGAGACAGCCCAUGGAAGGAUAAGCAUUGGUCCGUGCUUAAAGCAAUGUGUCCGAGACACCGUAUGUGAGUAUCGUGCCACCCUCCAAAGGACAUCAAUAUCGCAAUACAUCACCGGUUCUCUCCUAGAAGCAACCACCUCUUUGGGAGCAAGAAGUGGCCUUCUCAGUACUUUUGGAGGAUCCACUGGACGAAUGAUGCUGAAAGAACGCCAGCCAGGCCCCUCUGUGGCCAAUUCUAAUGCCCUCCCUUCAAGUUCAGCUGGGAUCAGCAAGGAGCUGAUUGAUCUGCAGCCUCUCAUCCAGUUCCCAGAGGAAGUCGCCAGCAUCCUGAUGGAGCAGGAGCAGAGUAUUUACCGCAGGGUUUUGCCAGUCGACUACCUCUGCUUCUUAACGCGGGACUUGGGCACUCCCGAAUGCCAGAGGUCCCUGCCCUGCCUCAAAGCCUCCAUCUCAGCAUCGAUUCUUAGCACUCAGAAUGGAGAGCACAACGCCCUUGAAGAUCUGGUGGUGAGGUUUAAUGAGGUGAGCUCCUGGGUGACGUGGCUGAUCCUCACGGCAGGCUCCAUGGAGGAGAAGCGGGAAGUCUUUUCGUAUUUGGUGCAUGUGGCCAAAUGCUGCUGGAACAUGGGCAACUACAAUGCUGUCAUGGAGUUCUUGGCUGGCCUCAGGUCAAGAAAAGUUUUAAAAAUGUGGCAGUUUAUGGACCAGUCUGAUAUUGAGACCAUGAGGGGCCUGAAGGACACUAUGGCCCAGCAUGAGUCCUCUUGUGAGUACAGAAAGGUGGUGACGCGUGCCCUGCACAUCCCUGGCUGUAAAGUGGUUCCGUUCUGUGGGGUGUUUCUGAAGGAGCUCUGUGAAGUGCUCGAUGGUGCCUCCGGCCUCAUGAAGCUUUGCCCGCGGUACAAUUCCCGAGAAGAAACUUUAGAGUUUGUGGCAGAUUACAGUGGACAAGAUAAUUUCUUACAACGAGUGGGACAAAAUGGCUUAAGGAAUUCGGAGAAGGAGUCCACUGUCAACAGCAUCUUCCAGGUCAUCCGGAGCUGCAGCCGAAGUCUGGAGACAGAGGAGGAGGACAGCCCCAGUGAAGGGAACAGCUCCAGGAAAAGUUCCUUGAAGGACAAAACCCGAUGGCAGUUUAUAAUUGGAGAUUUGUUGGAUUCAGACAGUGACAUCUUUGAGCAAUCCAAAGAAUAUGACUCUCAUGGUUCAGAGGACUCACAGAAGGCCUUCGACCAUGGGACAGAGCUCAUUCCAUGGUACGUGCUGUCCAUUCAAGCCGACGUGCACCAGUUCCUGCUGCAGGGGGCCACGGUCAUCCACUACGAUCAGGACACACACCUCUCUGCCCGCUGCUUCCUCCAGCUUCAGCCCGACAACAGCACCUUGACCUGGGUAAAGCCCACAACUGCCUCCCUAGCCAGCACUAAAGCAAAACUUGGCGUACUUAAUAACACAGCUGAGCCUGGAAAAUUCCCACUCCUGGGCAAUGCUGGGUUAAGUGGCCUGACAGAAGGGGUCUUGGAUCUUUUUGCAGUGAAGGCUGUAUACAUGGGCCACCCUGGCAUUGAUAUACACACUGUGUGUGUUCAGAACAAACUGGGUAGCAUGUUUCUGUCAGAGACUGGCGUGACACUGCUCUAUGGGCUUCAGACCACGGACAAUAGAUUAUUGCACUUUGUGGCACCAAAGCACACAGCUAAAAUGCUCUUCAGUGGAUUGUUGGAACUCACUAGAUCUGUGAGAAAGAUGAGGAAAUUCCCUGACCAAAGACAGCAGUGGCUGCGGAAACAGUACGUCAGCCUCUAUCAGGAGGAUGGACGGUAUGAAGGCCCAACUUUGGCUCAUGCUGUGGAGUUGUUUGGUGGCAGACGAUGGAGUACUCGAAACCCCAGUCCUGGGACAUCAGCAAAGAAUGCUGAGAAGCCCAAUAUGCAGAGAAACAACACACUGGGCAUAAGCACUACAAAGAAAAAGAAGAAAAUCCUCAUGAGGGGUGAGAGUGGAGAGGCAACUGACGACGAGAUGGCAACCCGAAAGGCCAAGAUGAACAAAGAGUGUCGAAGCCGAAGUGGUUCUGAUCCUCAAGACGUUAAUGAACAAGAAGAAUCGGAGGCGAAUGCCAUCACUAUCCCUCCAAACUCCCUCCCUUCCAGAAGAGCCCACUCUUUGACCACAACUGGGUCCCCCAACUUGGCUGCUGGGACGACGUCAUCUCCCAUCAGGCCAGUGUCCUCCCCUGUGCUGCCUUCUUCAAACAAGAGCCCGUCCAGUGCUUGGAGCAGUAGUAGCUGGCAUGGGCGGAUCAAAGGCGGCAUGAAGGGAUUUCAGAGCUUCAUGGUUUCAGACAGCAACAUGAGUUUUGUUGAAUUUGUUGAGCUGUUCAAAUCAUUCAGUGUCCGGAGCCGCAAGGACCUGAAGGAUCUCUUUGAUGUCUAUGCAGUGCCCUGCAACCGAUCUGGCUCUGAGUCAGCCCCACUCUACACCAACCUCACAAUUGAUGAAAACACCAGCGAUCUUCAGCCUGACCUAGAUCUGUUGACCAGAAAUGUUUCGGAUUUGGGGUUGUUCAUUAAGAGUAAACAGCAGCUGUCGGACAACCAGAGGCAGAUAUCUGAUGCCAUUGCUGCUGCAAGUAUCGUGACAAAUGGCACUGGGAUUGAGAGCACAUCUCUGGGCAUUUUCGGGGUGGGCAUACUUCAGCUCAACGAUUUCCUCGUGAAUUGCCAAGGAGAGCACUGCACUUAUGAUGAAAUCCUCAGCAUCAUCCAGAAGUUUGAGCCUAGCAUCAGUAUGUGUCAUCAGGGACUAAUGUCAUUUGAAGGGUUUGCAAGGUUUCUGAUGGAUAAAGAAAAUUUUGCCUCAAAAAAUGAUGAGUCACAGGAGAACGUCAAAGAACUGCAGCUACCCCUCUCAUACUAUUACAUUGAAUCUUCACACAAUACCUACCUCACAGGCCAUCAGCUCAAAGGAGAAUCCUCGGUGGAACUCUACAGCCAGGUCCUCUUGCAAGGCUGUCGAAGUGUAGAAUUGGACUGCUGGGACGGAGAUGAUGGGAUGCCCAUCAUUUAUCAUGGACAUACACUGACAACCAAGAUCCCCUUCAAGGAAGUGGUGGAAGCCAUUGAUCGCAGUGCCUUCAUCAACUCUGACCUGCCAAUCAUCAUAUCGAUUGAGAACCACUGUUCAUUGCCUCAGCAACGAAAAAUGGCAGAAAUUUUCAAGACUGUGUUUGGAGAAAAGCUGGUGGCUAAAUUCUUAUUUGAGACUGAUUUCUCAGAUGAUCCAAUGCUUCCUUCACCUGACCAACUCAGAAGGAAAGUGCUUCUUAAAAACAAGAAGCUAAAAGCCCAUCAGACGCCAGUGGAUAUCUUAAAGCAAAAGGCUCAUCAGUUAGCAUCUAUGCAAGCACAGGCUUAUAUUGGUGGGAAUGCCAACCCCCCACCGGCCAAUAAUGAGGAAGAGGAAGAUGAGGAGGACGAAUAUGAUUAUGACUAUGAAUCCCUUUCUGAUGACAACAUUCUAGAAGACAGACCUGAAAAUAAAUCAUGUAAUGACAAGCUUCAAUUUGAGUAUAAUGAAGAAAUCCCGAAGAGGAUAAAGAAAGCAGAUAACUCAGCUUGCAACAAAGGAAAGGUUUAUGAUAUGGAACUGGGAGAAGAAUUUUAUCUUGCUCAAAAUAAAAAGGAAAGCAGACAGAUUGCACCAGAGCUUUCUGACCUUGUAAUCUACUGUCAAGCAGUAAAAUUUCCAGGCCUGUCAACUCUAAAUGCAUCUGGCUCUAGCAGAGGAAAGGAAAGGAAAAGCAGGAAGUCCAUUUUUGGCAACAAUCCGGGCAGAAUGAGCCCAGGGGAGACAGCAUCAUUUAACAAAACAUCUGGAAAAAGUUCCUGUGAAGGAAUUCGACAGACCUGGGAGGAAUCUUCUUCCCCUCUCAACCCAACCACCUCCCUCAGCGCGAUCAUUAGAACUCCCAAAUGUUAUCAUAUCUCGUCGCUGAAUGAAAAUGCUGCCAAACGUCUAUGUCGCAGGUAUUCUCAGAAGCUGAUCCAGCACACCGCCUGUCAGCUGCUAAGAACUUACCCUGCUGCCACCCGCAUCGACUCCUCCAACCCGAACCCCCUCAUGUUCUGGCUCCAUGGGAUACAGCUUGUGGCACUCAACUACCAGACCGAUGAUCUCCCUUUACAUUUAAAUGCUGCAAUGUUUGAGGCAAAUGGUGGUUGUGGUUAUGUUUUGAAGCCUCCAGUUCUGUGGGACAAGAACUGUCCCAUGUAUCAGAAGUUUUCUCCACUGGAAAGAGAUCUGGACAACAUGGACCCUGCAGUCUAUUCUUUAACCAUUGUCUCUGGUCAGAAUGUGUGCCCCGGUAACAGCACAGGAAGCCCAUGCAUUGAAGUCGACGUCCUGGGCAUGCCUCUGGACAGCUGCCAUUUCCGCACGAAGCCCAUCCAUCGAAACACCCUGAACCCCAUGUGGAACGAGCAGUUUCUAUUCCGCAUUCAUUUCGAAGAUCUUGUAUUUCUUCGUUUCGCAGUUGUGGAAAACAACAGUUCAGCGGUGACGGCGCAGAGAAUCAUUCCACUGAAAGCUUUAAAACGAGGAUAUCGCCAUCUUCAGCUGCGAAACCUUCACAAUGAAGUCUUGGAAAUCUCUAGUUUAUUCAUUAACAGCAGAAGGAUGGAAGAAAAUUCCUCUGGCGGUACCAUGUCAGCCUCUUCGAUGUUUAAUACAGAAGAAAGAAAAUAUCUGCAGACUCACAGAGUCACGGUGCAUGGGGUCCCAGGGCCAGAGCCCUUUACCGUUUUCACUAUUAAUGGAGGCACCAAGGCAAAGCAGCUUCUGCAGCAGAUUCUGACAACUGAACAAGACAUCAAACCUGUUGCCACAGACUAUUUUUUGAUGGAAGAAAAAUAUUUUAUAUCUAAAGAAAAGAAUGAAUGUAGGAAACAACCAUUUCAGAGAGCCAUUGGUCCAGAAGAAGAGAUCAUGCAAAUUUUAAGCAGCUGGUUUCCAGAAGAGGGAUACGUGGGCAGGAUUGUCUUAAAAACUCAGCAGGAAAACCUAGAAGAGAAAAACAUUGUGCAAGAUGACAAAGUGGUGAUCUUGAGCUCAGAGGACGAGAGUUUCUUUGUCCAAGUGCAUGAUGUUUCUCCAGAGCAACCUCGAACAGUCAUCAAAGCACCCCGCCUAAGCACUGCACAGGAUGUCAUUCAGCAGACCUUAUGCAAAGCCAAAUAUUCCUAUAGCAUUCUGAGCAACCCCAAUCCAAGUGACUAUGUGCUUUUGGAAGAGGUGAUGAAAGACACUACCAACAAGAAGUCUACCACACCAAAGUCCUCUCAGCGGGUCCUUCUGGAUCAGGAAUGUGUGUUUCAAGCCCAAAGCAAGUGGAAAGGUGCAGGAAAAUUCAUCCUUAAGCUAAAGGAGCAGGUGCAGGCAUCUCGAGAAGAUAAAAAGAAAGGCAUUUCUUUUGCAAGUGAACUCAAGAAGCUCACCAAGUCAACUAAACAGCCCCGAGGACUUACAUCACCUUCUCAGCUCUUGGCCUCAGAAAGUAUCCAAAACAAGGAGGAGAAACCUGUGGGUGGCUUGUCCUCCAGUGACACAAUGGAUUAUCGACAGUGACUAAGGGCAGCAUGUUUAACCCAGGUGAAGAUCUUUCAGCAAGAAGUUAAAGAGUGAACAUUGUGGAAAAAAAUAUCAUUUACUUACUUUCAUUAGACUUAAACUGGAAAUUGAUGAUUUCUGAACUGAAGCCUUCACACAUGUGAGAUCCAUGCUGAGGAGAAGCAAAAUGGCAUAGGGCUAGUUGCCACCAACCAAUUUACCCAUGAAUGUCGCAAUGAAGCCCAGGAGACUGCCAUUUUAUAAAUGUCAGCAGUUGGAAAAAUCAUCACUAAUUGACUUAGAGCAAAGGUCAGCAAGCUUGUCUGUAAAGGGCCAAAUAGUAAAUAUUUUAAGGCUGAGGGCCAUACAAUGUGUUGCAACUACUCUGCCGCUGUAGUACAAAUGCAGCCACAAACCAUACAUACAUGAAUGAACGUGGCUGUAUUCCAAUAAAACUUUAUGGACACUGAAA